AUGGCGGCGCCCGCGCCCAGGGACUCGGCUGAAGACAGUGUGAUAUUUGAAGACGUGAUUGUGUACUUCUCCUGGGAGGGAUGGGGUCUCCUUGAUGAGAAUCAGAGACACCUAUACCAUGAUGUGAUGCUGGAGAACUUGGCACUUGUGACCACCCUGGGUUGCUGGCAUGGAGCAGAGGAUGGGAAGAUACCUUCAGAGCCCACUGCUUUUGUAGGAGUAUCACAGGUCGGGACUCACCAUGGAGGCCCAUAUCCCCAGAAGGCAGACCCCUGUGGGAUAUGUUAUCUGGUCUUAAAAGACAUUUUAGGUGUGGCUCUGCAUCAGAGAACAUGUCCCCAGUUGAGAUCUUACAAAUGUAGAAAACCAGUCAGUUUUAUUGCAGACCUUCACCAGCAUGGGAAGCAAUGCAGUGGAGAGAAACUGUUGAAAUGGGCUUUGUUCGUGAAGAGCUGCAGGUCACAUGUGUCAGGGAAGUCCUUUACCUACGGGGAGGCUGACAAGAACUUCCUUGCCAGUUCAAGGGAGCAUCAGCACCAGGCCACUCAUAAUGGGCAGAAACCAGACAGUUGCACCAUGUGUGGGGAAGCUAUUCACAGUGGGAAGAGCCGUUACAGUUGGUGUGAAUUCAAGAAAACCUUCAGCCACAAAUACACUCUUGUUCAAUGCCUGAGUGUCCGCACUGAAGAAAGGUCUUAUGAGUGCAAGGAAUGUGGGAAAUCCUUCACCCGAAGGUUUAACCUCUUUCAGCAUCAGAAAGUCCACACUGGAGAAAGGCCCUAUAAAUGCAAUGAAUGUGGGAAAUUCUUCACCCACAUUUCCAGUUUCAUUCAACACCAGAGAAUUCACACUGGGGCAAAGCCUUAUAAGUGCAGCAGAUGUGGGAAAUUCUUUGGCCAGAGCUCCAGCCUUAUUGUACAUAAGAGAGUUCACACCAGAGAAAAGACUUAUGAGUGCAGUGAAUGUGGGAAAUCCUUUAGCCAAAGCUCCAGUCUCCUUAAACAUCAGAGAGUUCACACUGGAGUGAGGCCUUAUGAGUGUAGUGAAUGUGGAAAAUGUUUUGGUGACAUCUCCAGCCUCAUUAAACACUGUAGAGUUCACACUGGAGAGAAACCUUAUGAGCGCAGGGGAUGUGGGAAAUCUUUUAGCCAAAGUUCUGGCCUCAUUCAACACCAGAGCGUUCACACUGGAGAAAGACCUUAAGAGUGUAGGAUAUGUGGGAAAUCCUUUACCCGCAACUCUGGCCUCAUUCAACACAAAAUGGUUCACACUGGAGAGAGGCCUCAGAAGUGCAGGGAAUGUGGGGAAUUCUUCAGUGACACCCAGUUUUCUCAACACCAAAAAAUUCAUAUCAGAAAAAGGCCUCGUGAAUGCAACAAAUGUGCAAAAGCUUUCAGCCGAAGGUUUAACCUCAUUAGACACCAGCAAGUUCACCACCAUAUAGAAAGGCAGUAUAUGUGCAGCAAAUGUGGGAAAGCCUUCAGUCAGUGGUCUGCUCUGAUUCAGCACCAGAAGGUUCACAGUGCAGAUCAGCUUUAUGAGUGCAAUGAAUGUGGGAAAGCCUUUAGCCGAAGGUGUAACCUCAUCCGACAUGAAAAAGUCCACACUGGAGAGAGACCUCAUGAGUGCAGUGAAUGUGGGAAAGCCUUCAGCCGAAAGUCUCACCUCACUGGGCACCAGAAAGGUCACAAAGCAAAGCCAUAG